AUAAGAAUUUGACUGAUAUAUACUAUAUUUUUCAAUCAAAAUAAUUAUGUGGUUAUUUAAGAAAUUAUUUGGCAAAUCAAACGUGGAAGAAAGCCGGAACACAGAAGCAUCUGGAAUCGAUGCAAUACCAAAUACGGACUUAGCAGGAUCGAGCUGCAGUUCGCAAUCUCCUCCAAUUGAACAGGUAACGAUGGUGUGUAAUGAGACGUCAGUUUCGGACAGUAAUUUAAGUAUCCGUGGUAGUGUCGUUUGUGAUGAUCUACCACAAAGGCAACUAUUACCUGUAGAAAAGACAGAGCUCAAGAUAGAACACGUUUAUAAUUUACGUAGUCGUAGCAAAAAUUCAAUUUCAGAGAGCCUUAAUGUAAAUGAAGAAGGUUUAACUUCUCGAGUUGUGAAUGAUGAAAAGACAAUCUGUGGACAAAAGCAAUCCAUUCAUGCGCAAGAUCUUGGUAAGCGAAAGAAGGAUGAAUUAACUCAACAUGGUGGUGGUGAUACUAUAAGCCGUUCGGUUGUAAUAAAUGAAACAAAACUUGAGAAGAAACUCAAUAUUGCAAAACGUAAAAGGUGUAGCACUGAUGAGGCUGCAACAGCUAAAAGGAUACGUACUGAGGACGAGGAUGGAAAUGAUGCUUCCAAUAUGGACACAAGGGAUGCUGAAUAAGAAGAGUAAAACUUGAAAUAUAACUAAAGAAAAAGUCCACCUUAAUAAAUAUUUAUUUUCGUAUUUAUUAUAUUCAAAUAG